UUCUUUUCAUUUUUUAUAGAAUCCAGUAAGAGUGCAACUUCUCACGAUGUCGAAUACAGGAAAUUUGCCGCUCUUCGUUACACAAUCGAAAAUUUAGACGAAUUGGAAUUACAGUCCCGCGUCACAUCGGAAUUGGUUCACAAUUUAUGGAAUCAGGUGCCACUUCCAGAAAUUUUUCUAUUUCCCUCGCAACAAAUUCAACCAUAUUUUCUGUCUCAUCAAAUGCUACCAGUUAUUUUACACUUAAUUCCAAAACCUCAAAAAUUACCAAAUGGACAGGAGUACAGUCCGCAGAUUUGGUCAAAUCAGUCGUCAUACGUUAAAGUUGGUCAUUAUUAUCCACCAAUUCCAACCAUUGGAGUAAUGCGAUCACCACCGCCACCACCACCACCAGUUCCAUUUGUCAAUCCUGAUGUUCCUGAGUACUAUCCUCAUAGAUAUGUGACACCAGUUGUUGAAUGUGAUGAGCGUGGCGCGCCUCUACAAGUAUUUCCCUCGACAUCAUCCGAAAUCUAUUAUCCAGAGGAUCUCUUCUCCAACAGGCAGACACCAACUCCAAAUUUUCAAGUACCACAUUUCUAUUGUAUUUUUCAGAAUACAAAUGUGUCAAUUUUACCUCAUCAUGGUGUUAAUACGGCAAUUCAAUACCCCCAAUGGUAUCAACGUGUCGCCAUUCCUCUGCAAUUACAAGGUCCAAUUUACGUGCCACAGCAUCCAAUUUACGCAUCGAUUCAACCAAUUUAUCCAACUGUUGUACAACAGCCAAUUGCAUUAGCAGAAAAGACAUUGCCCUCUGCUCCAUCAUCAACCGCCGCCUCAAUUCCCGUCUAUCAAAAAGCACCCGAAUCAUAUCCCGAUUAUCCGCAACGUCGUAAAAAUCAAGGCGCCGAUUUCAACAAUCUCAUUCUCCUGACGAAAGGCGGCAUCAAAACAAGAAGACCACAAACGAAAGGCUCCAAACAGAAAAGUAAUUCUACAAAAGAAAAAUUAAAUUCCGAUAUUAAUCAUAAUGUUACAGAUAAAAUAGAAGUUGAAGAUGAUCUUGAUUUAUUAUCAAGUUCCGAAACAAAUUGCAUUUGUUUGAAAAUGAAAAAUUCAAAGCAAACGAUGAAUUCAUUGAAUAAUGAAAAAUUAAUUGCACUUAAAGAAAAUACAAUUGAAGUUAGUCAGAGAAAACGAUUGUACAGUGAUGUAUUGGCAAAUUCACCAUCAAAUAAUAAUAAUAAUCGAAUUGAGGAAAAUUCGUCGGAGAAAACAUACGAUAAUUUAGAACGUCAAGCUAUGGAACAAUACAGAACAUCCGAAGAAUGUCUGGCACUUCGCUAUCAAGAACUGGAACGCCAAGCUUUAGAGCAGUACAUAAGCAGUGAAAAUUCUGGCUCCGAGGAUUUUCUAAACAUCGAUUUUGUUCAGCCAGAGUGCUCGCAGAGGGGCGACGAUCAAUCAUUACUUUCAUUAGACAAAAAUCCUUUUGGCGCCGUGUGCUCAGAUUAUGCAGGCAGUUCUUCGACAAUAGAGUCAUCAACUGUAAAAGAAACAGAAGGUUUUCACUCCGAAGCAAUUGUAAAGAGUUUGACGACUUUGUCUCGUAAUAUAAAUCAGGAGCAAAGGGAUCAAAAAGGAGCUUCUGGAGAUGAAAACGAUAAUGAGCAGGCAAAAGGACUAUCGAGGCAAAUAUUAUUAAUGACCAGUUUAACGAGAUCAUCGUACAUAAAUGUGAUUAAAGCAACGGACAUAAAAACACUUUGCAAAAAUUUUGUACCAAUAUUUUAUCAAGUGCCUGUAAUGAUGCAAGCGGGUGGUGGCGAUGAACAAAUUGCCUUCGACUUCUCACCCUACACAAUGGAAAAAUAUUUAAUUCAUUCCGAAGAGCAUUUUAUCAAUAAUGGCUCAUUAAAUCCCGAAGAUCAGAAAUCUAUCAUCUCUUCUCAAUAUGAAGGAACAUCAUUUUCUGAAUUAAAUUACGUAACAAGAUCAUCUCAAGAUAAGUUAUCAUUUCCCUCAACAGAGUUUCAAUUAAUUUCCGGACAGAAUAUCAUCGAGGAAGAAUAUCUACACACCGAAAGUUAUUUCAUCCUUCAAGUGGAGCAAUAUUUAAAAAAUUUUGUCCGACAAACUUAUAAAAUGAAUUCCAUCGAUAAUUUCGACGAAUAUCUAAGAAUUAUUAUAUGGUCCAAUUUUCUCAACAAUCGAAAUUUGAGACUCGAAGACAUUCAUUCUUGGAGCGAGGUAAAAGAAACGGAUGUAAAUCUAUCAAUUCAAAUUAAUAAUGUAGAAAGAAUUCGUUCAUAUGAAACAAUGACUGGAAGUCAUUACGAGAGUGUUCCCGAUCUAUUGAAAAAGGCUUAUUGUAUUUUAAAAAAAAUUCAAAACGACAAGACGAAAUUGUUUACAGACUCAAUUUUUGAAGAGUUUCUUGAAGAUUGA